CGCUAACCCUAACCCUCACCGCCUGGCCCUCACGAACACAGCCGCCGCCCGCUGUGCCCAGCCUUCCGCCGUCCGCCGAGCCAUCGAGGGGAGACCGAGCCUUCCGCCGCUGCCCGCUGUGCCCAGCCUUCCGCCCUUCCAGCCACGCGCUGACGCCGUCCGCGGUCCGCCGCUGUGCCCACUGCCCACUGCCCAGCGGCCCCAGCUGUACGGCCUUCUGUGCCGAGCCGGCGAGUCGCCGUUCGCUGCUCGGCUGCUGUGCCCAGGCGGCCAGGCGCCCAGCCCUCCAGCCACGCGCCCAGGCGGGCCAUGCCACGCCUGUGCCUUCCGCGGUCCUCCUCUGUGUGCCUGUGCCUUCCGAGCUGUAACAAGUUGAUAUAUUUGGAGGAUUGUUCAAAGGGCUUGAUCUUCAAAAUAUUAAGAAGGCAUUUCAAAAGAAGGAUAGGCAAAUACAAUUGCCUAGGUCUCCAAGACAUAUAUAGCAAAAUCAGAGUUGUGUAGAGCCAUACCUAAAUUUUUAUCCGUCCUCCGCCACUGCUGCUGGGCUUUGUGGAAGCGGAGAAAUAGGCUAAUCUUCUAUGGCGGCAUCGCAUGAAAAUUGAAGAGCGUUGGGUAGUUGAUGUCUGGUGUGCAAAACUAAUAGUGGCAAUAGUCAAAGUAUGGCAUGAAGAUUACACCACUUUUUAUCACAAUUGAUCCUCAACGUGAUUCACCUUCUCAGCUUAAGGCAUACUUUAGUGAGAAGAUACUUGUCUUCCUAGCCACUGCGGGUCUGCCUGCACCGCGUCGCGUCGCCACUGCACCAACCCGCCACAGCACCGUCACCUUAGGUUGUUGGACAAAGAUGGUGGGCGGUGGGACGAGGACGAGGAGGGGGAGGGGGAGGGGGAGGAGGAGCACCCGUAGGACGGAGGAGGAGGCGCAGCAGGACGACGCCGUACAGCAGCAGGUGGAGCAGCAAGCCGCUGUCGAUGCGGCACAGCAGGACGACGAUGAUGCGGCACAGCAGGACGACGACGACGACGCCGCCGCUCAGCUGGACGUCUCAGGUUCUGGCUCCUCAGGUUCGAGGAGUAUAUACCUGCGAGGUCCCGCGAGCCUCCCUAAGCGACCCAUACUUCGUGACAGACGUCCGAUGAUACGACCCGAUGGAGAGAGGUCUUGGAUGGUUUUGGAGACUGCAGGGGGUCACGGCCGCAACCCCAAUGGCAUCCUCGGCCUUCUAUGCCGGGAACACUUCCCUGGACUUGUCGAGUACGCCGGAGUGACGAGCCCAGCAUACACCUUCGACAACUACGCCGUCGCCCCCGAGGCAUGUAAAGCCCAAAAUUUGUAUAAAAAAUUAAUAAUGAUAUAAAUAAAAAAUAUUAUUAUGUAAGGUUUUAGGAUUAUGUAACCAUUGGAGAUUACUUGAUUUUGUGCAUAUUCAAUCAAAGAAAUUAUAUUGGUC